GGAAGUUGUUAUAAGCUGCACUGCGAUGCUUAAAAUGCUAUUUGGCGACACCAGUUGUUAUUAAAGCUCUUCUUAUCUGUGAUGCUCGCUUCCGGCAGAGCUAACGGUAACAACAUGGCGCGCGUCGCUCCUUCCUGCGGCUCAAUCGUAGUCGCUGACUGGCAUCAAUGUAAAGACAGCAAAGAAUAUUUCAGCAAAAUUCUUCACAAGAAGAGACGAAAAAACUUUGGCCUCUUGGAGUCUCCAGUGAUGCCCCCACACGUAGCUGUGGACACAGUUCACUAUAAGAUCUUCCUCUCUGGCAAGAGUGGAGUUGGGAAAACUGCUCUUGCUGCACGUCUGGCAGGCCUGACUAUUCCUAACUUGCACUAUGAAACCACAGGUAUUGAAACAACGGUGGUGUAUUGGCCCGUGAAGUUGAGAGAGAAUGGGAGAGUGCUUUUCUUCCGCCUGCAGCUGUGGGACUGUGGGGAGAACACCUUGCGUAGAUUUGACCAUUUGCUUCCUGCCUGUAAGGAGCAGGUAGACGCCGUCCUUUUUCUAUUCUCCUUCACCGACAGAACAUCCUUCGACGAUCUGUCAAAUCAAAUUGCGAAAUGGACCGGGACAUCUGUGCGGCAUGUCGUGAAAUUGGUGAUUGGCACCAAAUUUGACCUUUUCAUGCACUGCGAUGUGCCGGAGAGAGACGUGAGGGACUUCCAGGAGACGUGGAACUUAAGAGUGCUGCGUGUGGGCGGGGAGGUCAGUGAUGGGCUGGGUGACGUAGCCCCACUUCUCAACUGCCUGGCGGAGAACCUGUGGCAUCAGGACUGUGUUACAGCUGGAUCAGCCAACCAUCAAUCACAGCAGGAGACAGGGACUCUACAUUAAGGGGGUAUAACAUCAGCACAUCUGGAGCCUGACAACCCACAAACUGUGAAAUAAGACAAGUCAGUUAUUUUGGGCUGCUGAGACCAGACAUGUGUUCAACUAACCAUUCAGGAUUAGUUCCUCUUCCUAUGUCAUAUGCAGGCUCAUUAGAUUAUACUGCCCUCCAGCCGAGUAUCUAUUGCCAUGCAUUAGGAAUGCAAUAGGUGUGCCAUAUUUUUCUCACAAGCCAAUUACAGUAGACUUGUCUUUUGGGAAGGAGGGGGGGAAUGAAUACAGGUAUAGUCAGACAGUAUUAGACAACUCCGUUUUUAACAUUAAAGCAUGUAAACAUAAUCUAGUACAAAACCAAAAUCUGAAUAUGAGCACAAUUUCCCCUUAAAUACUGACCAUGAUUUGUUAGUUGAAGUGACCUGGGGUCUGGGAAAGGUCAACACAUACACUGGGAAUGUUUCAACAUUUUUUGGGAUGAGGAAUGAAGCUGCUGUUGAGUUUAAAUAGAUUGUCCUCCAAUGCUGUAAUUACAUAAGUGUAUCUUAAUAUACAUAACAAUGUGUUGUAUCAAUAUCAUCAUACAAGACCAGAUAUUGUCUGGGACUGUUGGUUAUAUUAAUGUGAUAAAGCUAGGAUAAUGUGCAAUUGGCUUGUAAAAAGUCAUCUUCCCAGUUUGUUCAUGGGUUCCUCUUAAUGUCGUCUAAAAGCACCAACAUGUAGUCAAAACAUUGUUGGCUGAGAUAUAAGAGGUAUUAAAUAUGUCAGUGUUCUACAUUAAGAUCAGGGGCUGCUUAAGUUCUCUUGUAAAUAUCUUUAUUUAGUUGAGGCGUUCGUUUGUUGCCUUAGGAUGACGGACGAGGUCAAAUGUUUUUUUAUUAAGAAUUAUUUAUUUAAAAAAGGGCACAUUGUUCAUAUGGUCAUUUUAAUACAAGAAACCAUCCCAAUAUAAAAAUAAAAAAGAUCAUCCCUUUA